AUGCGUUCGCUAUACUUGCCGUGCGCUUUGCUUGUAGCAGUUUUUAAGAAUGUGAUAUGCGACCCAGUAUCCUCAGGGAGGAUUCUGGAUAGGUCAACAGAUCUCUUGCCAAGUUAUGAUUAUGUGAUUGUAGGAGGAGGAACAGGCGGACUUGUCGUUGCAAAUCGACUGUCGGAGAAUAAAAGUAAAUUCCACACCUCAAAUUCAUCACAAUUCACACCAAUUAACAUCUUUUCAGAUAUCACUGUCCUCGUGAUAGAAGCAGGCACUUUUCAUAAAAAUGAAGAUUUCAUAACAAUUCCUUUAAUAACCACGUCCAAUCUCCCUUUCCUCGGUACGGGUCCCAGAAACACAGUCUACGACUACAAUACAACCUCAACUCCACAAUCACAUCUCGUAAAUAGGUCCCUAGAUUUGUCGGCUGGAAAGGUAAUCGGUGGUUCUUCCGCCAUCAACGGAAUGAUAUUCAUGCGUGGAAAUGCAGCUGAAUAUGAUCACUGGGAAGAACUCGGAAAUACUGGGUGGAAUUGGAAGGGGUUAUUACCUUAUUUUAAGAAGAGUGAACAUUUUACACCUGCUGAAAAACAAGAUGUACAGGAGUGGGGAAUUGGUUAUGAUGCGGAUGUGCAUGGAGAAGGUGGGUUGGUGAAGAAUGGCUUUUCGAGAUUUAUUUGGCCGAGUACCAGGGUGGAAUAUGCUGCUGGGAAGCAUGAGGAGAGUUAUACCGUUAAUGCUAGAAAAGAAGUGAUUCUUAGCGCGGGAGCACAGAGAACUCCGCAGUUAUUGCAGAUCUCUGGAAUAGGACGUCGUGAUGUGUUGGGGAAUUUGGGAAUUGAAGUUGUGGUUGAGAGUGAAGGCGUAGGAGAGAAUUAUCAAGAUCAUUUGUUGUUUACUACUUUUAGUCCCGCUCCGAACAUUGAGGUUCAAUAUGGAAAUUUGAGUACGAAUGCUACGUGGGCUGCAGAGAUGAGAGAGUUAUAUGAUGAGAAGAGGGAUGGACCCUUCACAACGGCCUCCGCAAAUCUCACUAUCGCAUUCAACUACACGCGGUUCAUGAGAACUGCUCCUUCCCUCCAAGCAAUCUCCUUCACGGAAUCAUAUCCAGGUCCUAAUAUCACAACUCAAGCGCAGAUUGAAGAAUUUAUCAGGGAAACGGUAGUAAGUGAAAAUCAUCAUGUGGGGACUGCAUCAAUAUUGCCGAGGAACUUAGGGGGUGUGGUUGAUGAGAGAUUAAGGGUUUAUGGGGUGAAAGGGUUGAGAGUUGUGGAUGCUAGUGUGAUUCCGAUUUUGGUUGCGGCGCAUUUACAGGCGACGGUUUAUGGGGUUGCGGAGAAGGCGGCGAGUGUGAUUUUGGAAGAUGCAUGA